GUUACGGGGAUUGGAAUUCUGGGACGAACAGAGGUUACGAGGGCUACGGUUACGGCUAUGGCUACGGCCAGGAGAACUCGGGCAACUACGGCUACGGCGUGGCCGCCUCCAACUCCUGGGAAAUGGCCAACUCAGACGUGGAGAUGAACCCUGACGGGGGCGGCGGCGGCGACACCGUCCUGGCCAAAAUGAACCAGCGCAUGGACAUGGUGGCGCACAUGGACCCCGACGCCAUGCAAGGGGGGGGACACUACGGAUCCGGCGGCGACCGGUACGACUCGUACGAGUCCUACGACUCGAGGUCUUCCAUGAACGACCGCGACAUGUACCGCUCUGGCUACGACUACGACGCCGCCGAGCACGACAACGACGGCGCUUACGAGGGCCACUACGACAACUUCUACGGCAACCGCCGCGAUCAGUACCACAACCGAGCGCGGGAGAAUUUUGGGCAGCGGGGUCAAAACUGGGGCAGAGACGGACGCAAUAACAGACCCAUGGGGUCUUCCUACCCCGGGCGCCAGUGGAACGAGCCUCCGCCGUCGAUGGGAUCGCGCGGCCCCCACGGUUCCUCCCGGCUCCCUUCCCUCUUCUCCCACAACAUCAUCCCCGAGCUGGGCAUGUUCCAGGGGAUGCGCGGUUUCUCGGGAAACCCGCGCUACGGAGGAGGGAUGAUGAAACAGCGAAUGAGGAGGAACUGGAAAAUGUGGGACUCGGAUUUUAAACCCCAGAAAAAGAAACUCAAGAAGGAUCUCACCGGGAAGAAGCGGAAGCAGGCGAACAGCUCCGACGAACCCGACAGCAAAGCGGCGAAGACGGACGGCUCCGAUAACUCCGACUCCGACAAUGAGGAGGGAACAGAAGGCGAAUCGGGGGAAAAAGAGGAAAAAGAAGGCUCCAGAGGUGAAGGGGAAGAUGACGAAGGAAGAGAUUCGGAGAGAGGUGCGCUCACGAUUCAGGAGGAGAUCAGCCAAAUCAAGCGCAAACUGCAGGCGGGCAAGAAAACCCAAGAGAGGCAAAAGAAGAGGCACCGGGACCGCAUGGUGGAAAG